AAGAAGAGGACAACGCAGCAUUGAACAGGUGAGAGUCAACGCCAGACAAUUGCGAUCGCACCACCACCAUGAGAUCCAUCAUCUUUCCCCUGCUCUUCCUCCUCAUCCUCACCCUCGUCUCUGCCUCCCGAGACUUCUACAAAAUCCUCAACAUCCCCCACACCUCCACCCCCCAACAAAUAAAAUCCGCAUACCGCUCCCUCUCCAAAAAAUGGCAUCCAGACAAGAACCCAGAUAACCCAGACGCACAUUCCAAAUUCGUGGAGUUGGCUGCUGCGUAUGAGGUGUUGUCCGAUCCGGAGAAGAAGGAGGUGUAUGAUAAGUUUGGGGAGGAGGGGUUGAGUCAGCAGGGAGGAGGAGGAGGGGGACGGGGGGGCCCGGGUGGUGGUGGGGAUCCGUUUGAUAUGUUUGCCAAGUUCUUUGGUGGGAGUGGGCAUUUUGGGCAACAUCGGCACCCUCAGACGCCGCGUGGUCCGACGCUCGAGACGGUCCUCGCUGUUCCACUGCGCAAUCUUUACACUGGCUCAACCAUCCCGCUCUCCCUCGAAAAACAGCAAAUCUGUACGGAAUGUCUCGGUACCGGCGCAAGAAGUGCGGAAGAUGUCGUAACAUGUGGACAAUGCCGUGGAAGCGGCCGAGUCAUCAGAAAACACCAACUCGCACCCGGUAUCGUCCAACAAGUCCAAAUGGGCUGCGAUAAAUGUGGAGGAAAAGGAAAAGAGAUCAAACAUGUUUGCACAACCUGCCGUGGCUCAAAAGUAGUCCGCGGCACAACCGAGUUCGAGGUCGAGAUUGAGCCCGGGAUGAUGAAAGGCCAUAAAAUCGUAUUCGAGGGCGAAGCGGAUGAGAGUCCGGAUUGGGAAGCAGGCGAUUUGGUCCUCGUUAUCGAAGAACAAGAGCCUACUACAUCAUCGCCCUCCUACCCCUUCCGUCGCCGUGGGCAAGAUCUGUACACCACUGUCCUUCUACCAUUACAAGAUGCCCUCCUCGGCUCGUGGACACGGACGAUCGACCUGUUCGGACAGCGUGCUAUCACGCUCUCCCGCGCACGGGGUGAAGUUGUUCAGCCGGGCUACGUGGAGGUUAGGGAAGGGGAUGGGAUGCCGGUGUGGGGGAAGGAAGGGGAGUGGGGACGGAUGUAUGUUGAGUAUGUUGUUGUGUUGCCGGAGGGGAGGGGGGAGGUGUUUUUGAGGGAGUUGGAGGAGGUGUUUGGGAAGGAGAAGGGGGGAAAGGAUGAGUUGUGAGGUAGUGCAUAGAAGAACGUUAAGGGGGGUUGAGUGGGAGCAUGGUUAUAGAUUGAUAUCCUCUAGCAUAUGUCACGGAUUUAUGUUGUCCGAUCAUAGCUCACAAGAAUCAAUGUUUCCC